UUUUUUAGCUCCAUCUGCUCGCACCGCUGCCUUCUGCUCCUCCCGCCACUGCCCUGAGUCACGGACUGCGCAGCUCCGGCCGCCGAGCGCCCCGUGCUCGCCAUCGAUAUUUGGAGUUCUUAACAACAUGGCAGACAUUGACAACAAAGAACAGUCUGAACUUGAUCAAGAUUUGGAUGAUGUUGAAGAAAUAGAAGAAGAAGAAACUGGUGAAGAAACAAAAAUCAAAGCGCGUCAGCUGACUGUUCAGAUGAUGCAAAAUCCUCAGAUUCUUGCAGCCCUCCAAGAAAGACUUGAUGGUCUAGUAGAAACACCAACAGGAUACAUUGAAAGCUUGCCUAAGGUAGUUAAAAGACGAGUGAAUGCUCUCAAAAACCUUCAAGUUAAAUGUGCACAGAUAGAAGCCAAGUUCUAUGAGGAAGUUCAUGAUCUUGAAAUAAAGUAUGCUGUUCUCUAUCAACCUUUAUUUGAUAAGCGAUUUGAGAUCAUUAAUGCAAUUUAUGAACCUACGGAAGAAGAAUGUGAAUGGAAACCAGAUGAGGAAGAUGACAUUUCGGAGGAGCUGAAAGAAAAGGUCAAAAUUGAAGAUGAGAAAAAGGAUGAAGAAAAACAAGACCCUAAGGGAAUUCCUGAAUUUUGGUUGACUGUUUUUAAGAAUGUUGACUUGCUCAGUGAUAUGGUUCAGGAACAUGAUGAACCUAUUCUGAAGCACUUGAAAGAUAUUAAAGUGAAGUUCUCAGAUGCUGGCCAGCCUAUGAGUUUUGUUUUAGAAUUUCACUUUGAACCCAAUGAAUAUUUCACAAAUGAAAUGUUGACAAAGACAUACAGAAUGAGGUCAGAACCAGAUGAUUCUGAUCCCUUUUCUUUUGAUGGACCAGAAAUUAUGGGUUGUACAGGGUGCCAGAUAGAUUGGAAAAAAGGGAAGAAUGUCACUUUGAAAACCAUUAAAAAGAAACAGAAACACAAGGGACGUGGGACAGUUCGUACUGUGACCAAAACAGUUUCUAAUGACUCGUUCUUUAAUUUUUUUGCCCCUCCUGAAGUUCCUGAGAGUGGAGAUCUGGAUGAUGACGCUGAAGCUAUCCUUGCUGCAGACUUUGAAAUUGGUCACUUUUUACGUGAGCGUAUAAUCCCAAGAUCAGUGUUGUACUUUACUGGAGAAGCCAUUGAAGAUGAUGAUGAUGAUGAUGAUGAAGAAGGUGAAGAAGCGGAUGAGGAAGGGGAAGAAAAAGAUGAGGAAAAUGAUCCAGACUAUGACUCAAAGAAGGAUCAAAACCCAGCAGAGUGCAAGCAGCAGUGAAGCAGGAUGUAUGGCCUUGAGGAUAACCUGCACUGGUCUACCUUCUGCUUCCCUGGAAAGGAUGAAUUUUCAUCAUUUGACAAGUUCAUUUCAAAUUUUUUGUUGUUUCUUUGUUUGUUUGCUUGUUUGUAGCCUAAAAUAAAAAUGUCAAAUAAAAAAAAGAAUAAAUAA